AUGAUGGACGAGUUGAUCGACCGGUAUCCCGCCGGGUACAUUGAGAUCAUGGGGAGUGUGUCCGUGCAGCUGGUGUACAUGGUGUUUGGGCUGUUGUUGGAACAGCUGCGGCCCCCGUACAUCAGCGCGACGUCCCGGGAGAUGCUGACGCAGAGCCUCUGUAACCACGUGGUGGCGACCAUGACCCACGUCGCCUUUGUCAUGUGUUCGGGGGGCCAGUCGAUGCUGACCCGGACCUUUAUCAAGCCGUACAGCCUGCCGUCCUGGCAAGAGGUCGCGCGGGACCUCGCCGUCGGCCUCCUGCUGCGGGACGCCGUCUUCUACGUCAUCCACCGGCUGUGGCACGCCCCCGGCAUCUACGAGCGCGUGCACGCCAAGCACCACGAGAUCAAGCACCCCGGCAACCACCACAUCCUGACCAUCAGCUACAUGUCCGUCGCGGACUUUAUGUUCCUGUACGGGUUCCCGGUGGUGGGCAUCGCCAAGCUCCUCGAGAUGAACCUCGCCACCACGCUGGCCUUCUCCUUCGUCUCCGCCGUCGGGGAGCAGAUCAAGCUCCUGUGGGGGGACGACGCCCACGACGAGCACCACCUGAACCUGGCGCCCAACUACGGCGUCUACGGGCUGAUGGACGGCAUCUGCGGAGCAAGCUCAGGUCGGCAGUCCGCUCCCGCCUCUAUCUCCACAGCUGCGAGACCCGAGGUGGAGAGCAGCAAGGAAUAG